CCAGCUUAGCGGGCGCCAUUCGACACGGAGCCGCAGAAAGAGAGUGCUCAGGGAGACUGAAUUUUCAGAGGAUAGAGAGGCAGAGGGUAGAAAUGAGAAAUGAGUGAGUACAUGAAGCUGAAGCAGAGAACUCGGCAAAGGCAAACAGCUUGUUGAAAGUUGUCAUUUAGCUCUCGGUCGCAGUUCUCAAGCUCGGACAGCUCGGGGCACCACAGUGAGCGACGCUGCUAUGAAUAUUGGGAAUGACAACGGGAGGACAAAAAGAUGAACAUUUUGUUGGCGCUGUAAUCAUCCACCUUGACCUUGGAUCACGCAACCUUAAAGCGACAACUUCUGUGAAGCAAUUAUCCAGCUUUGUGAUCUGCAGCCACCUGAAAGAGGAGGUCUCUGAAAAGAAGCACUGGAGGAGACCCUAAUCGUCAUACAAUUGCAUUUACCUUUUGGAUGAGAUCUCACCAUGUGAACUGGAAGCUUUGACUUAGUGGUUUGGCCACAAAGUCCCAGCAAUAGCAUGGCCUGUCCUCCUCGUUCAUAUGCUCCAUCACCUCCUCCCAUGUCUCAUGCUCAUGGACCUGAUCAUUUGUCAUCAAGCGGUUCUGUUGAUCCUUCUCUUGCAAAGGAAACUGCUACCAAACAGUAUCGUGUCAUUCAACAGACCUCAUUCGUACCGUCUUUUUCACAUCCUCCUCCCUUCUCGCUUGAGACCAGAAUAUGUCCAGCCAAGCACGGCAUUGCGGUGUCUCUCUGCCUUGUGGAUACUAGCACCGCUUCCGCAUCCAGGCUUGCCAGAGACAAGAAUACGGAGACAGAGCCAAAGCCUGUUGGCUGGGUAUCGCCCAAUACUUGGGACAGCCGUGUCGAUGGGACGGAACUAAAUCCAACAACGGAUGUUUGCAACCCUACAGAUUUGUGCAAAGUUGACAAUAUGGGUGAGGUUGAAAAUACAAAGCAAGUAAGUCAGUCUUCAGACCAGAUAGCCACUGAGGAAGACUGCACUGAUAUUCUGCAGGCAACUAUGCUCUUUGGACGCACUCCAUUAGCAACAAAGGAACAAAAAGCAGAGGUACAAAUGCAACCAAGGGCACCGCCGGAGUCAAUUAUGCACAGCCAGUCAAUGCCACGUAAAGAACACUUACUCCUGCAUUUAUCUAAAACACAAGCAAACGGUGAUGCUCAAAAAGAAACUGCUCCAUUACAACACACAAACGUGGCAUCCGAACCAUCACCUGAUCUCGACCAUUCCCAAUGCCGUCAACCUUUUCUUGUUACAACUGAAGCUUUUCAGUGUGUGCGCACUGUCAAGUUCUCAGAGAAACCCUGUACUCCGUGCAUGGCCAGGAGACAAGGGAAAAUGUCUUCCCAAAGUCAAGAGAUGAAAUGUCGUCAUCGGGAAUCCUACAGGGCUGCUCUCCGAAAUCCUGUCACUGUUCAGCAUGAGAAGGCCAGAGCCAGGAUGUUGGGUGUUGUGCAGGAGGAUGGGGAAAUCUUACAUCGCAGUGACAGAAGACCAACAGAGACUGGAAGAGGUGCACCUCAAUGUCAUGGCCAAAAAAUUUGCUCUAAAUCCGGGAUGCAAAACCAACACACUUUCAUUGCCAGCGGUGCCAUCUGUGAGGAAUCAGGAGAAAAAAACACUGCUCUAUUUUGGAAACCGGGAGAUACUAAAGCUGUUCUCUUUAUGCCUGACAACCCCGGACAUGACGGCAGACCGGAAUUCCUAACUCACAGGACCACUGUGCCUUUUCGGGAACAUUGCAACAGAACUUUUAUCGGUUUACAAAAUGGGAGUGGAACAAAUGAUGAAGGAGCAUUGGAGAGCACCAGUGACCCUGCAAAGGCAUGUGUGAUCUCCACCAAACACCACAAUUUAGCAUCUGGUUGUUCCAAACAUCCCAAACCUUGUGAAGGACAACUAAAUACACCCUCUUCCACUGGGCUCAGUCCAAAUGUGACCACGCCUGUUUCACCUCCGAAUAGCAAAGGGGAAUCCGAUGGAAGAUGUUCCUCCCUCUCUACCGCAGUGGUAGAUACCUCAGAGAAGUGCCAGUUGGUCCUCGUUGAUGGCGCAAAUGUCAGGAGGGAUCGAAAUGAUGACGUCUAUGCAGAUGUUCCUCAGCUUCACGUGGUCAAAUGUAAAAAAAGCACAGCCUUUCAAUUAGUUUCACCCCAAAUCAACAAAAUGAAGAUGGCCAUUCCAGCAACAGAAAUUCAGAGGACUCCUCUUCCAUCCUCCGCUCAUGCCAGUCACAGACCAGACCACCUUCCUUUGGGGUUUCCGGACCCCAUAGCUCACCCUCUCUAUCAAGGCGUAGCAGCGCUCACAGGAGGCAGAGACAGGUCAGGUAGGCCGAUCACUGAGCUUUAUGGAGACCACCAAGGAUGGAGCUCUAACAGGACCAGCCAGGAGCUCUUGGAGAUGUUGCUCUACUUCCACUCUAUCAUCAGCUGCUCAGAGCAAUCUCCCCAGGCGGUGAACAGCUUGGUGCUUCUAGUGGAUAAAGAAAGCUGUGCCCAACCAGAGAGAUGCCCCACCAUGCAGACUGAAGUGGUGACAUCGAUGAAGGCCCUGAUGAAGAUGGUAGACGAGAGCCAACGGACUUCCCGUCUGGAUGGAACACUGUCCUACAACCACUGUGACUGGCUGGAGCUUCAUCAGAAACUCUUUCCAUUUGCAUUGGAUCUUCAUGACGCAUCCGGUCUGCUGCUGAGGGCAAUCAGUCAUUUAAAAGCUCCCCGGAGGACAAAUUCUGUAGAGGCUGUGCAACAAUGUAUGAUGGACCAGAGGACUUUGAUGCGUGAUGUGCUGGAGGACAGGCGGUUGGUCAGCCUCCAGAGGGAGGGCGGGGCCAUCCUGGUGAGGCUGAGGAAGGAAAGUGACCACAGAUAUCCUCACUGUGAGGAUCUCAGUGACGCUGUGGACUCACUGACCAGCCUGUACAACCAUGUGGAGGAGCAGGUCCAUAACCUUGUACAGAGCUCCAACAUGUCUCUGGAACAUUUGAAAUAUCUGCUGCAAGUCAGAGAGAUGGAAGGACAUUUCACACAACUGCAGCAGUGGUUUUAUGUAGAGGGUGAGCGCCAUCUGCAGGAGGCCGAAUCAGUGGAACAUUCCGGAGACCAACUGGAUCAGAUCCUCAACAGCUUCACUGCUUUUCUUAUAGAGGCUAAUGAUCGUAGACACCAUGCUAUGUCAUUAGCGCAAGAGGCCGAGCACCUCCAGCAGGCUGGGAUGUCAUACCCGGAGACACAGGCGUUCAGCAACCAGGUCUGCGCGUUCAAGUCAGACCUGGACGACUUCUUGUGUAGAGCGGAGUCAUGUGGCCGGGAACUGCGGAUCAUGGUCAAUGUGUGUGACUUUUGUGAGCAGGCUACAUCCUUGGCUGUUGAAUGUAUUGACUAUCUGAACCAGAAUCAACCCAGAAUCCUUAAAGCCCAAGACUGUAGUCAAAGGACAGCGCCUGGCAACAAAGACCCUGGACCUCACGGCAGCCAGUGUGACAUCCAGACAGUGCUCAACUCCGUUCCGACUACCAACAGCAGCAUAUUAGCCUCAGAUGACAGCUCUGUCCUCCAACUCUUUCAGGACAAGUUCCUUCAGUUCAGUGUUGAAAAAUUUCAGGAGUUGAAGGCCCAGGCCAGUGCCUUGAGGAGCUCCAGGGGAAUGAGGGUCUGGAACACGGCAUGGCUCCGGUGCCAGGAGGCCCGGCAGUUACUUCAGGAGAGGAUGCAGGAUGUCACUGACAAGGUCUUCAACGGUCAACCACAGUGUCGUGGGUGUUGCGGGCAUCAUUAUGUGGAUGUUGCCAGCACUCAGACAGCACCACCUGGUAGUGUGGCGGUACAGUCAACACCAGGGCCACAACAUCCACAGUGGGCGAACAUUGUGUCAGGGGCAGUGGAUUUUGAGAAACGAAGACCAAUCCUGGCCAAGAGCAACACAACUGAAGCGGAAUGUAAAAUUACCAUCAAACCUGAAGAUAAAAGUGAUCAUGGUGGCGGCCAGGGGUCAAAGGUCACACCAAGGUCAUCUCAAAGGUCAGCAAAGAAAGCGGAACGUGAGACCAAGAGGAACAGGGCAAAAAGUGAUCGUGACGCCGCCGCUGUAUCUCAGCCUCACACCGUCGGCUGCCAGUGGUUUCCACAUAUAGCUGUUAUUGAAGCAGUUCUGGUUGUCUUACAUUUCUGCCCCAGUCCCUCCACAUUUAAGUCUUUCAUUUUGCCUUCACAGAAGAAACAGCAGGAGCUCGGGGACAUGAUGGAUCUGUCCUCCUACUUGCUGAGGCCCAUCCAAAGGAUCAGCAAGUACAGCCUCUUGCUGCAGGACAUGCUGGCUCUGACUGCAUCCUGCCGGCCGCAAGACAAUACUGAUGCCACUGCGGGUGUCAACGAUGCCGAGUUCAGCGGCAGAGCGAGCGAACGGGCUGACAUCAAGGCUGCCGUUGACCUGGUUCGCUUUCAGAUGCGUCACGGCAACGACCUGCUCACCAUGGAUGCUAUCCAGGACUGUGAUGUAAACUUAAAAGAACAAGGUCAGCUCAUUCGACAGGAUGAGUUUACUGUUUUCUUUCGGAAGAAGAAAUGCCUGCGCCGCAUCUUCCUCUUUGAGCAUCUCAUUCUCUUCAGCAAGACAAAGAAGACCGAAGUUGGAAAUGAAGUUUAUGUCUACAAACAGUCCUUUAAGACUAACGACAUCGGGAUGACUCAUGACGCCGGCGUGAGCGGCCUUUGCUUUGAAAUCUGGUUCCGCAGGAGGAAGAGCGAGGACACUUAUACAUUGAAGGCCACCAGCGUAGAUCUGAAGAAAGCCUGGACCGCUGACUUGGAGAAGAUUCUCUGGGAUCAGGCGACUCACAGUCGAGAACUAAGACUACAGGAGAGAGCGUUCAUGGGACUGGGUCACAAAUCAUUCUUGGACAUUCAACCCAGCGAGGCUGCCAUCUGCGACCGGGACGUCAGUGGCAUCCUGCCUGGCAGAGUCCCUGUGGCGUGUUGUUCACACAGGGCUAUAGAAUUCGCUCGCCCGUACUCCGUUGGCUCUGCCUCCACCACCUUCAGCCAGUCGUCUUCAUCGUCAGGCCGUGGCUCGCUUUCUCCCGCUGGCUAUCUUGGAAGCCCGGCUGCUGGCCCCGCCCCCGACGGUGUACUGGACAAUGAGGUCAACACUCGUCACUGUCGACUUCAUCAGGACCAGGACCGCUGGAAAACAAACCAUCGUCCGCUCAACUUAACAGACACAGCAGACUCAUCCGAGGAGAGCGCCAACGUGUUCUUCAGCGACUCGGAGCACAGUUGUCUGUCGGCCCUCGGCCGGGAGGUUGUGGACUCCUCAUCGUCACUUGGCUCCCACAGUCCCCAGCCGUGCGCAUCGCUGCGUCACAUGAAUAGCUCACCGUCCGUCAAGACGAAGAAUGCGUCCGUUGACGCCAAGCCUCCGCAUCUGGAUGAUGCUCAGGGACAUAUCCCGAUAGGCAAAUCAACAGAGGUUUAACCUGGAUUCCGAGGGCAUGGUAAGCCUCUUAUCUUAAUUGUGACAAUUAAUUUCAAUUGCAGAUAGUUGGUCCUCACCGCCGCUCUGAUUUCUUCUGGUCCACCUCCUCAUUCUUUUAGGAUUCUUAUUUAUCACUUCACUUCCUUCCAUGUGACCUUUGGACUUUAUGAGGCCACACACACGAGCAAGCAUUUAUUGGCAUGGUUGUUUAUUUCAAGGUUUUAUCGCAUACAAAAUAAUGCAUACAGCAGAAAACGGACAAGCCGAAAUUUUUGAAAUAACAUUUAAUGUAAUAGAUCUUAUUUUACUUUUUUUUUUCCGUUGCAGGUGUUCCUCAGUUUACAAGUUCCAUUCGUACAGCUGUAACAUAGCCUGAAUUUUUACCUUGUGUUAGUCCAUCCAUCCAUCCAUUUUCUGAUCCACUUUAUCCUCACAGGGGUCACGGGGUGUGCUGGAGCCUAUCGAAGCC